AUGCCACAGCUCAUUGUAGGGAACAGUGUUUGUCAGUUUGCAUGUUGUUUCUACAAAGAGAUUUCUUCUCGACAAAACAGUGGGAAUGUUUUCUUCUCUCCUUUGAGCAUCUCUACUGCCUUUGCAAUGAUGACUCUGGGUGCCAGAUCAGACACUCUGUCACAGAUUCUCAGAGUCCUUAGCUUUAACCCACGUGAAAUUUCUGAAAAUGAAAUACAUGAAGGUUAUCGUCAACUCAUGCAAAUGGUGAACAGAAAGAAUGAGGGGUUACAGCUGAAUAUGGGAAAUGUCCUGUUUGUGCUUGACCGACUGAAGCCACAAGAUAAAUUUUUAAGUAAUCUCAGAAACUUCUAUGAAGGAGAAGCUUACCCUAUGAACUUCAAGAGGGCUGAUCAAGCCCAGAUAAAGAUCAACGAAUACGUAGCAGGAAGAACCAAUGGGAAAAUCAGGGACCUCAUAAAUAACCUUGAUCCACUUACUGAAAUUCUCCUUAUUAGCUAUAUUUAUUUUAAUGCUCAAUGGGAAAAACCUUUUGAUACAAAAUACACUAAGAAGAACAAAUUCUAUGUGGAUGGGAACAAGGCUGUUGAAGUUCCAAUGAUGUUUGGAAUGGGCCAGUUCAAGCAUGGCUAUGAUGAACAGCUGUCUUCCACGGUGGUGCAAAUGGAUUACAAAGGUGGUGCUUCGGCAUUUUUUAUUCUGCCUGAUCAAGGAAAAAUGAAGAAGCUAGAGAAAAGACUGUCUUGUGAACGUAUGUCAAGGUGGAGGACAUUAGUCUCAAAAAGCUCAGCAAACGUGUAUCUUCCAAAAUUCACUCUUUAUGGGACAUAUAACCUAAAAGAUAUCUUAUAUAAAAUGGGUAUCAUGGAUGUAUUCACUGAUAAGGCUGACCUGUCUGGGAUCACUGGGCAGCCCCAGCACAGGAUUUCCCAGGCUAUUCAUAAGGCUGUGGUAAAGGUGGAUGAGACUGGCACCGAAGCGGCAGGACACAGGCAGGCGGCCCCAGCCACAGGCAUGGAAAUAGUGCCUAUGUCUGUUCCAGCUACCAUUACAUUCAACAGGCCCUUCCUAAUGGUUAUAACUUUGGAAAGCAAUAUACUCUUCAUGGGAAAAAUUGUGAACCCUCUGAAAAAAGAUUAA